AUGUCUCGCAGUGUAGAGCCGUUCGGUUUGAUCUUAUGGGCGUUGACGUACAUCGGUUACUGGUUCUCUGGAUUUGCAAUCGUGAUUUUGGCUGUUCUUGGUGCAUUUUCAAUUCCAAAGGUCUACGAGAUGUAUCAAGAGCCGAUUGACAAACAAUUGGCUAUGAUUUCUGAGCAGAUUGGCAAGGUUUCCAAGAUGGUGGAAGAGAAGCUGCCAUUCUUGAAGAAGGCCGAGGUCCAGGCUGAGAAGAAGGAGCAGUAA